AUGAACGGCCUUGUUCCUUGCCCAACCCCUGUGGAUCCACCUGCUCCUCCUCAGGUACCUCCCACAUUAGAGGCUUAUGCUCCACCUCCACAUGAAGAGAUUUCACCAUCAACAUCUCUUAUUUCUGGCUCUGGCUUGCUCCUUGCUCGAUCCCUGCUUGGCUGUCGGAGCACUCCUUCCUCCCCUACCUCAUCUACUUCCCCCGGCAAUUCCCGGCGACGCAGGGAAUUCACCCCAGAUGAGAAGAAAGAUGAUUGCUACUGGGACAAGAGGCGCAAGAACAAUGAGGCUGCAAAACGCUCAAGAGAAAAGCGCCGUGCUGGAGAUCUUGCCCUGGAGGGCCGUGUCAUUGCCCUUCUUGAAGAGAAUGCCCGUCUCCGUGCUGAACUCCUUGCUCUACGUUUCCGCUUUGGCCUGGUACGUGACCCAUGUGAAGAAACUCGAGGAGGCUACUCAGCACAGUGUGGCCUCCAUGAGCCUCCACCAGCCAACCCUCCUCCACCUCCUCCUCUCCCCCAUUCAGAAGAUUCUGGGUUCUCUACACCAAGUGUGGGCAGUCCUGUUUUCUUUGAAGACCGAGUGCCAGAACAUGAACCUCAACCAAUGCCUCAUUCAGCUCUGUCUUAUUAUGGUCCCAUAAAUGGAGAAACUGUGGAGAACCCUCGGGGAAGACUGGAGACUCUUGGAGAUUGUUAUAAGAGCCUUCCACAUAAGCUGAGGUUUAAGGGAGGUGCUUCUGGUGAAGAGGGGUCACAUAGUAUCAUGCAAAUGACAAGAGAAACAGGUGGUUUUGCCUCGGAGACUGCCACAGGGUUCUCACAGCAGCCUCCACCCUGUCCUCGCGGGCGAUGGAUGGCCCACAGUCAAGACGGAGUACCACCAGCUGCCUCUGAGAACUCAGAGCUACGGUCCCAGCUGGCUUCUCUUUCUGCAGAGGUGGCACAUUUAAAAAGAAUUUUCUCCCAGCAGGUAGCGGCCCACGGGGGCCAUGAAUGAAACCCUUCUACAGAUGGAGCUCGACAGCAACGACUGCUAAAGUUGCCGAAAGCGCAGCAGAGAUCCCUAAUACUAUAAAAGUAGGGAUGUCCUUUUGAUACGUCACAUGUUCUGAACACAACACUUUCAAUGCCAGGCAUUACAGCAUCGACUACCAACUGUGUUGUUAUAUCCCAUUUUUCUGUUGUGUC